CAAUCAACAGAAAAUAGUUAAUUAGUAACAUCGAUGAUUACGUGUUCACUUUUCUAAUUAAAAAGAAAAGUUAAUUUACUCUCAUUGAAUCCAUUCAUUAAUCAACUCAUGUGAAUUAAAUUACGAAAUCAACAUGUGCUUAAUUGUGGUUACAAUUUGUAGCAAUUUAGUGUUGACCAUGGGAUUAACAUUUGUUUCUCGUCGGGAUUACAAUCGUUAUCCAUUUGAUUACAACAAUGAUUACCAUCAACUAAUUAGACCUUAUCGAUCAAUUAAAUCUCAAAGUGAUGACGAUUGGAAUCUUAUUAAAGAUGAAAUUAGUAAUCAAUCAAAACAAUCAAUUAAACCAGUUUCUUUUUCUAAUUUUCUCAAAUCUCGAUCGCCAAAUCAACAAGACGAGAAAACAUUUAAAGGGAAAACAAAUAGUUCCAAGAAAGAUAAAUCUAAGAAAAGGAAAACCCAAAAUGAUGAUGAAGAAGAUGAUGAUGAUGGUGAGGAAAAUGAGGAAGAUGAUGGAGAAUUAGAUGAAGAUGAAGAUGAAGAUAAUACAAAUGGAGGUAAAGAUGAGGAAAUGUCCGCUUCUUCUGGUUUAGAUCUUGGUGUUUUGGGUCAAGUUGAUGAAAUGAUGGCGAUGGUUGAAAAGAAUACGAUCUUGCCUGAUGGAAUUCACUUUGAUGAUUCUAAAUUGUUGGAAGGCAAUUCCAAGGUUACAGUUAAAAGUGGAUCUCGAAAAAAGCCUCGUCGGCAGAAAGAACAAGUGAAAGUAAUUCGAAGGUCACCUCAUCGAUCGGUCAACAGGAAAUUGUUACGAGCACUGAAAAGAAAAACAAAACCCAAAGCGAAUAUAUUUGUUCCAGUUGCUCGUCGACCUCAUCACUUAGAUGGAAACGCUCACCGAUUAGUCCAAAAUCAACCGAUAAGCGAAUCUGAUGAUUCGGGAUUGGAUGAAAUUCCCGGUGAUGAUAAUGAUCAAGACGAUGAUUUCGGCCUUGCCUCAGUUGGUAAAAAAGUUUCACCAGCAAACCUCAUGUCCGAUUUGAGAGGAUCUUUAAUGCCAACAAUUGACCGGAAUAAAAAACGGCCAUCGAAAGGUCACUUAUCUCCGAGUCAUAUUGAUUCUCUUUAUAAUCAGCGUAUUCUAUCAGGAUCAUUAGCAAGGAAGAAGAAAAAAUCUCCACUGAAGAUGAAUGAUGAUCUAGAGAUUGACGAUGAAGAUUUGCAGAAAUUUGAGAAAUCAAUUUUCGACGACUCGAUCCUUUAUCCAGACGAUUAUAUCGUUGUACCACGAACAGAAAAAGGAAUGGCCAAUAAUCAAGAUACAAUUCCAUUCCAAUAUAAUGUUGAGAUUCGAAGUCGAAAAAAUCUCAAGGUAAAAGCCGAUCCUGAAUCAUUGUCUUCGUCUGAAAGGUACAAGAAACACGAACAAAAAGAGGAGGAACAUUGGCACGAAAAGAAAUGGACAAAAACUGGACGAUUCGAAUUGUCCCAAUUUUCCGAUCAAGGUUCAGUGGUUGCUGGUGAUGAUUCUGAAGAUAAUCAAGAUGAACAAAAUAAAGGAAGGAAACAGAAAAAGAUAAAAGCAAAGAGGAGGAAAAAAAAGAAAAUGAAAAAGGUGAAAAAAGAGGAAUCACAUUUCGAUGAUCUUUUACAUGAUGAGGAUGGAGGACAUUUCGAUAUACCAUCGAAAGGAUUCAGGAUUAACAAGCGAUUUGUUGAUUGGACUGAAAAUAAAAUCAAUUUGGAUUAA